AUGAGCCGCGUUUGACGUCAAAAAAAAAAAAUACUAAAAAUAAAUACAACUAGUGUCCUCGAAAGAAAACUUUUAAAAGGGUUUAAAGUUAAUUAAUCCUUUCUCCCAAACAAUGCCUUGUUGCAUACCUUCCCUGUCCUUUCCCAUGUGCCUACUAGCCAGAGUUCCAUCACUUCCGAACCCCCAAUUCCAUCGUUAGGGUUUUCACUUUUUUUCUAAUUUAAUUUAAUUUUUUUGUUUAUGUGUAGGAAAAUAACAAAAACAAAAAAAAAACUUUUUGCAGAAAAAUAUUUUUAUUAUGUUUUUAUUUUAUUAAUAAUUUUUUUCGAUUAUUUUAUGGAAAAUUGUGAACAAGUGGAAUCGAACACGGCUCUGUAUAAGCCUUGUUUACAAGACAACGGCGGUGGCGGUGGAGGUGGCUGUGGUGAUGUUGGUAAUAAUAGUGAUAGCUUGAAUCGUGAUUCUUUACGAGGAGUAGAGUUCAUGAGCGUCGAUCAAUGCCAGAAGAUUCCAGAGAUGGACGAUUCGCAGCUCGUUGGGAACGCUGACGUGGCGGUUCGAGUACAUGCUGUUGAUACAGCGGAAAUGGGGGCGGGGAAUGGAGUCAAAGUUGUUGAGAUGAGCGAGGGGAAGCGGAGGCGGGGAAGGCCGCCGAGGAAUCAGGUGAGAAUCAUGUCACCGUCGGCUCCGCCGCCUCAAAGGAAGAAGAAGGAUGAGGAAGAUGUUUGCUUUAUAUGCUUCGAUGGCGGGAGUCUCGUGCUUUGUGAUCGCCGGGGCUGUCCUAAGGCAUACCAUCCAGCCUGUAUCAAAAGGGACGAGUCAUUCUUUAAAUCAAAGGCAAAAUGGAACUGUGGGUGGCAUAUAUGUAGCACUUGUCAGAAGGCUUCAUAUUAUAUGUGCUAUACUUGUACAUAUUCCUUGUGCAAGAAUUGCACUAAAGAUGCUGAUUACAUGAACGUAAGAGGAAAUAAAGGAUUUUGUGGAAUGUGCAUGAGAACUAUAAUGCUGAUUGAAAACAGUGCUUUAGGAAAUAAGGAAAUGGUUCAAGUGGAUUUUGAUGAUCAAACUAGUUGGGAGUAUCUUUUCAAGGUGUAUUGGAUUUUCUUGAAGGAGAAGUUAUCUUUAAGUUUAGAUGAGCUUAGUAAAGCUAAAAAUCCCUGGAAAGAAAUUGCUAUCAUGGGUCCUAAGGGAGAGUCAUCUGGUGAACUUAAUAACGGUAGUAAUUCUAAAGCUGCUAACAUGGACAAGUCUUUUGGAGACCCAGGAGCUAGUUAUUCCAAGAGAAGAAAAACGAUGAAGGAACAGAAGUUUUUGAACAAAGUGGAAUCUCUAGAAGCAGAAAAAUGGGGUGUUGCAAAAGGGAAGCCUUUGCUUGAAGGCACUAACUGGGCAACAAAGGAGCUUCUUGAAUUUGUAGCACACAUGAAAAAUGGUGAUAUAUCUGUGCUAUCUCUUUUUGAUGUUCAGGCACUUUUGCUUCAGUACAUAACAAGAAGCAAUCUUCAUGAUCCUUGCCAAAAAUCUCAAUUUGUCUGUGAUUCAAGGCUUAUAAAAUUGUUUGGAAAGGAAAGGGUGGACCACUUUGAAAUGUUAAGGCUUCUUGAAUCACACUUUUUCGUCCAAGACCCUUCGAGAGCCAUUGAUACCAUUAGAGGCCUAGGUACUGAAGCUGUUGCUACCCAAUUGGCUGUUGAUGGGAACAAUUAUAGUCAAACUAUAAUUGCCAAUGAUGAGAGACGUAAAACACGUAAAAAGGUGGAUGAGAAGGGACAAAAGGCAAAUCCUGAUAAAUCUGCUGCGAUUGAUGUUCAUAAUAUGAACUUGAUCUACUUGAAGCGUAGUUUGAUGGAGAACUUAAUUGAUGAUGCUGACAAAUUUAAUGACAAGGUUGUUGGUUCCUUUGUAAGGAUAAACAUUCCUGGUAGUGAUCAGAAGCAAGAUACAUAUAGACUUGUCCAAGUAAUAGGCACCAGCAAGGUAGCUGAACCAUAUAAAAUUGGCGAAAGGACAGUUGAUGUCAUGCUUGAGAUAUUAAAUUUAGACAAGAAAGAGGUUGUCUCGAUUGGUGGUAUUUCAAAUCAGGAAUUUUCUGAGGAUGAGUGCCAACGACUAUGCCAGAGUAUAAAAUGUGGGCCGACCAAGUGGUUUACAGUGGGUGAGAUUCAGGAGAAAGCAAUGGCACUUCAAGCAGUGAGGGUAAAUGAUUGGCUGGAGUCAGAGAUUUUGCGAGUUAAAAAUCUUCUUGAUCAAGCAAGGGAGAAGGGACACACAAAAGAGCUUAGAAAAUGUGUAGAAAAAUUGCAGCUCCUGAACUCACCUGAUGAACGCCAGUGUAGACUGCAUGAAAUUCCUGAUGUACAUAGUGAUCCAAAUAUGAUUCUAUAUCAUGAGUCUGAGGAAGUUGCUGGAGAAUUGGAUGAGAAGAAAAAAGAAAACAACAUGAAACCAAGAAAUUCUGGCUUUGGUAUGAAGGAAAAGGAGCCUGCCUUUCCACUAAAGGGAGGUGAUGGCUUGAAUGAUAUAGGAAGCAGAGAAACUAGCGAACCAUUGCAUUCUACAGAAAUGGAGCUAUCUGUAAAUAAUAUUGAGACUGAUAAAAUAUGGCACUAUCAAGACCCACUUGGAAAAAUUCAAGGACCAUUUACUAUGACAAUGUUACGUAAAUGGAGCAUGAGUGAUCUUUUCCCUCCUGAUUUGAGAAUAUGGAGAGUAGGUGAAAAGCAAGAUGACUCCACUCUCUUAACUGAUGCUUUAGAUGGGUGGUACAGCCAAGCGCAACAGUUUUUUCAUAACAGCUGUGUACCAACUGAGGACGUAAGGAUUGCCUCUAAUGAUGGAUGCCAGAACAUGGAUGGAGAUGUUAGGGGGAGUAGGGAUCUGAAUGUGAACCAGAUGGAAAGUAAACAGGUUGAGGGGAGCUUGAACUCAAUGCAGAAUGAUACAAGUGGUCAUUGUUGUGGUAACAAGGAAUCUGCGAAGAGCAAAGAAUUUGGCUCUCAGUCUUCUUGUACUGCUCUGGUAGAUAUUGUCAAUUCCAAUGCUGUACAGACAGGAAGUCCUUUACCACACUGGGAAUCUGUGAAGGUUGAUAAUUACUUCCCUGGGCAGCCCCAAGUGACUAGUUCACUCACCUCAUCUACAUUAUCUGGGAAACCAUGUGAAACUCAGUCUCAUCAAGUUAGCGGAGGUCAUGGGGUUGAAAGAUGGGACUGUGGUUCCAUUAACAUGAAUGAGAAUUUGAACAAGACCUCUGAAGGUCAAAUUAUUGCUGGAAAUGUGAAGCAAGAUUAUAGCGAGGGAAAAUCAGGCAAAUCUUGUGGGCAAAGCUGGAGAUCUCCACCUUUAAAUGAUGCUUCAAAUGGAUGGGAUUCCAACUCUGGUCUUAUUUCUCUGGCUAGGGCUCUUGAAGUGGCAGAGCACAAUCAGGAUAUUGAUUUCCGAGAUCUUCCUACCUCAACAUCAAAGUUGAACCAUGAAGACUCAAAAGGUCAGGCUGCUAAAAACAAACAGCCGCUUUCUUCGAAUGUUCCUCAAAAAGAUUCAGGUCCUAGCUGGAGUACUGCUUCUAGUCUAGUGGGUAAUGGACCACAGCUUCCUGAAGUAGCUGGUGAAUGGGGUGGGUAUUCCUCCACUCCGGUGAAAACUUCUGUUGAGGAAUGGGAUUCGGAUCUUGUGCCUGAGUCUUCUUUGAAACCAACCGACUUGGGAAGUGAUCAUGCUGCUACUCCAACGUCAGGAAGUGGCCAAUUGACACAUUCUUCUCCCACAGAUCCUGCAAAUAAUCCAUCUUCUUGGGAUCCAAUUGUUCCUGAACCGAAUGAGUAUUCUUUGGGUGAUGAAUCAGUUUCAGAUCUCUUGGCUGAAGUUGAAGCGAUGGAGUCUCUUAAUGGCUUGGCUUCACCUACAUUGAUUUUGCGUGGUGAUGGAGAGUUGGCUCAAGGUUCUGAACCUGAUUGUUUUAGUCCUGUAGGAGGAUUGAGCCCCGCACCUGAUCCAGGAAAAAGUGAUGCUUUGAGUUCAACAAACGAUCUACAAAUGCCUUGUCAGUCGACUGUGAUCAAUGAGCUAUUUGGGGUCUCUCAGUCUGAACUUCUUGACACUCAGAAGAGUUCUGGCGGUCAUUCUUCCACAAGUGCUGAAAUGGAUGAAGAUAAAAGGCCCAGCGAUGUCUCAGUUAACCAAUAUGAAGCUGGUUCAGAUAUACAGCCUCCUGCACCACCAGUAACAACUUGGGACAUGGCCACCGAAGAUACUGCUUGGAGAGCUGGUCCAGAAACUUCCGGCACCAAUUGGGCAGCCGUUCAAGGAAAUCCAAAUUUUAGUUGGGGAGGUUUAGGUCAAGGAACUACGAAUGUCAGUUGGGGCACAGGUCAGGGAACAUUCCAGGAAAAUGGCAGCUUCAAUUCAGGCACCUCAUCAGGGAAUCCGCCCUAUUGGGGAAACCAACAAAGGUAUGUUGGUCCAAGGGACCGUGAUUUUCAUGGUAGAGAUUCAAGUUUUGGUAGGGGCAGGUCCUCAUGGAAUAGGCACUCCUGGCAUGGUGGCCACAACGGAGUAGGUUCUUUAAGACCGCCUAAAGGGCAGCGAGUUUGUAAAUUUUAUGAAAGCGGAUACUGCAAGAAGGGAGCAUCUUGUAGUUUUUGGCACCCUUGAUUAGGGUCACCACUGCAAUUGUGCACAUUUAAUUCUGUAUUCAUUAUUCGUAUCGGGAAUUUGCUCUGUUAAAUUCUCCCAAUUUAAUCUGUAAGCUGUAACUGUAUCAUUCAAGCUAGCUGGGCAUAAUACAUAUUAUUUCUACUC